AUGAACGGCCCUCUCCACUCUCACCACUUCCCCCAUGAUGCCGGCCAGCUCUUCUCUUCCCACCCCGCUCCCCCUACCUUGGCCUCUCCGCAUGAUCCUGACUUGGACUUCAACCCCUUCGAUCCCGAUGCCACACUCCAUACCCCUACAGAUCUAGGCUACCCAUUUGAUCCACCACCAAUUCAAUAUGACACGAGGAUACAGCCACGCUUCCAAGAGAUCCAGUCAAGUGUCCCGGUCAACGGUCUCCCGGCGCCUCAGCAUGCCCACAUCAAUCAAUUCGAGGUAUCUCAACGACCGAGACUGCAGAAUGACGUGGUUAGCGGUGGUGGGCAAUUUGGCAUCUUGACACCACGUCCGCAGGCGCCAAGUCAGCCACAAUCACACAAUGAAGCAAUCGGAAAUCUACAGAAUGAAAUCCAUCUGCGGGCGAAGCCGAGGGCGGAAGGGGGGACGACCGACGGGCAUUUUAGUAAUCUGAAGAUGGUACCGGACCCACCAGAUCUAGCUGCAUGGAGACAGAGACUAUUCGAUGUAGACAAUAUUCUUACCCUGACCGAAGAUGAGUUUCAGACAUACUUCCCGCAUGUGGACAACAUCUAUUCCCACCGAUCUACACAGAAAUACAAGCGGAAACCAUUUGUCUCUCAUUAUUGGGAUUGCCGCUUGAAGGGACGGCCUCCAGGAACCGCGAAGUCGGAUGACCCUAGCAAGAAGAAGCGAAAGCGCACUGCACGGGAACGUGAUUUGUGUGAUGUCAAGAUCAAAAUUACUGAAUACUUCCCAGGGCCAAAGGGUACGGAAACGAAUAAGACAGCUGAAGACGAUCAGGAAACCAGGAAUGAUUUUGCGCAAUCACCAACGGUUGAGGGUUCUCAACCUCAUUCCGCGAAUGUCCUACCUCCGAAUGAUGAGAAUUCUACUAAGGCCAACAGAGCAAGAGCCCGGGGGGAAAGAUAUUAUCAAGUACAGCGCGUUAAUGGGAAUGGGGCGAAUGGAAAAGACUUGGUCUCCACGGGAGGCCAUAAACACUCUCUAGAUGACAGCGACAAGAUCAAGAAAAAUAGUGUGGUCCGACAUUUCCUCAAGGAAGAGAAAGACCGGAGAAAAAGCCAGAACUUGAGGCAAUACCAGUACCCGAUCAUUAUCUCUCAUGACCCAAUAGCAGUCAAUAUGGCUUCUCAAGCUGACACCUCCCAACAGAAAACUUACCACAAGCGAGCCACCGGCGCUGCCCUUCAGACCGUUAAGAGGCACGCAAAAGACAACGAGCUCAAGCUCUACGGAAGCUGCUUCUGUCCUUUCGUCCAACGUGUCUGGAUCUCUCUCGAAGUCAAAGGAUUCGCCUACCAAUAUAUUGAGAUUGACCCCUAUAAGAAGCCUGAUGCUCUUCUCGCCAUCAACCCUCGCGGGCUAAUCCCAGCUCUCAAGCAUGGCGAUUGGGGCUGCUAUGAGUCCUCUGUGCUCAUGGAGUAUCUCGAAGACCUGAGCUUCGGCUUCCCUUUGCUUCCGCAAGGCGAUCCCAAGUCCCGCGCGCAUUGCAGGCUGUGGAGCGAUCAUAUCAAUCGCAAGAUUCUCCCGCAAUUUUAUGGUUUGUUGCAGGCACAGGAGACUGAGAAGCAGACGACUCAUGCCAGGGAACUGCAGGAGGAGUUGACGAAAUUGAUUGAUGCUGCAGAACCUGCCGGGCCAUUCUUCCUUGGGCCGCACCUUUCCUUUGUGGAUGUUCAAUUCGCACCGUGGGUAAUCAGGUUCAGGAGGGUUUUGCAGUCAUAUAGAGGUUGGCCGGCGCCUGAGGCGGGAAGUAGGUGGGCCAGGUGGGUGCAUGCGAUUGAGGGAAAUGAAAGUGUGAAGGCUACGACUAGCGCUGAUGAGAUGUAUUUGGACAGUUAUGAGAGAUAUGCAGAAAACAGGCCCGGGACGAGUCAGUUGGCGAAUGCAAUCAAUGCCGGAGGAAGCUUGCCUUAA